GACCUUGGGAUGGACACCUGAGGGGUAUCUUGGAAUUCAUGGCUAAUUGUAUCUUCUGAACACAGUUGGCGGUGCAGUAUAGCGCGUUUGUCUUGUUAUCGCAUUAUUCCAGAGUUAUGCCGCCAGCGGGUGGAAAACGAUACCUCACAUCGACCGCCGUUUUCCUCAAUGAGGUCAUUAAACUUGCCAUUUCCCUGACCAUGGCACUAUACGAGGUCUCCAAGGCCGCGCCCCCAUCGAUGCCUGCCACCUCCCUCUUCUUCUCCCUUACUAGCGUCGUAUUUUCAGGCGACAGCUGGAAGCUGGCAAUUCCCGCCUGUCUAUACACACUCGCCAACUCCUUACAAUAUGUCGCGCUUUCCAACCUACAGGCUGCGACCUUUCAGGUUACAUACCAGCUGAAGCUCGUACCCACGGCCAUAUUUGGCUUGGUGUUGUUGAGGAGGGCCACUCCAUUGCGCAAAUGGGGCUUGCUCUUGCUGCUCCUUGUGGGCGUGAGUCUCGUACAAAUGCCAAAUAGUAGCACUGACGAGAUCGCGCUCGAGGAAGAGACUGCGCACCUGGCAUUCCCCCGGUCUCUGGAGGAAUGGAAAGCUGCUAGAGGGGGUUCGGCGGGGUUGCACAAGCGUUCCGCAACGUAUGAAGGCAUUGAAGAGGACAUUCAGACCGCCUUUCCGCGCAUGAACUCAACGAUCGGUCUGUUGGCCACUGUCGGUGCCUGUGCUGCAUCUGCCCUUGCCGGUGUAUACUUCGAGAAGGUGAUUAGGGAUAGUUCUGCUUCAGCAUCACUUUGGAUCCGCAACGUGCAGUUGGCAUUCUACUCCAUAUUCCCUAGUCUCUUCAUUGGUGUCAUUUUCCUGGAUGGCGAGAAUAUCUCCGCCAAUGGCUUCUUCGGGGGUUACAGCUGGGCUGUUUGGUCGACUGUUGUCGUGCAGGCCUUUGGUGGAAUUCUCGCAUCUUUUUGCAUGAUGUACACCCACCAAGCUGUUAAGAAUCUUUCCACAGCUACCAGUAUCCUCCUCAGUACCGUGGGGAGUGUGUGGCUUUUUGAGUUUGAAGUUACUGGCAGAUUCUUCCUCGGUUCUCUUGCAGUACUUGUGGCUACCUACCUGCAAGGAGACUCAGGCCUGGGUAUUAUCCAAAGGAAGUCCUCGAGCGCGCGUCCACCACCUAUUCGUGUCGACAGCUAUGACAACGAAAUUAAGGGCGAUGCUGGCUCACCCGAAUCACCUUCUCCAAAUGAGAUUUCUAUCAAACUUCCUGGUACACCUUUCCUCGACGCUGGUGUGUCAACAUCCCGUCCUACUUCCCCCGGGCACGCGCGAGUGAGCUCAGCUCGUACUACCAGUGGCGGGUAUUUUGAUAAACACCCGCGAGAUGAGUGAAUGUGACGACCCAAUACGAAUUUUGCAAUGUCCGCAUGGAUAAUAAAUAUGGUGCCGGGGAUCUUGUGAGAAGUAAAUAACUAUGGAUAGAACCGAAACAAUUGGUGUCAACCCUGCGAGCAUUUUCUUGUAUUUUCCCUUUCUGAUUCUCUUUCUUGGUGAUAUUAUUUUCUGGUCGGGCUGCUGAGUGCUGUUCUCCUUAUACCUUUGACAUGGCAGUAUGUUCGGUUUCGUUGUGUAUGAGUA